UGGAUGGAUGUUCAGGAUAUAGUUGGGGAGCAGCUGCACUAGUUACCCUCUACAGAUAUCUUGGAGAUGCGUCCAUGUACAGUUGCAAACAGCUCGGUGGAUAUCCUACUCUCCUACAGUGUUGGAUUCACGAGUACUUUCCAACUGUUGGAAAAAGAGGGGAGAAUUGGAAACCUGCUGAUAACUGUGGUCUUCCCCGAGCGAUGAGAUGGUCGUAUAGGCAGGGAGUCCUGAAGGUCGAUGAUUUACAACCUAUUUUGGACGAGCUGACACCUGCCGACGUCAUAUGGCGUCCAUUUGAGGAUCAUAGAGCAUGGCGUGUAUUUGAUGAGAUAUGUCUUUACAGGGGCUGUUUGAAGUGGGGUGAAACAGUUGUUCCAUACUUGCCUGAUAGAUGUUUACGUCAGUUCGGGUAUAGGCAGUAUGUUCCAUCCCCACCUCUGGAUUGUAUGAUGGCGACGGAUAUUGAUGUUGAUUGGAUCAGUUACCAUCAGAGUGUUAUCGCUGUGAUCGGUUCAUCUACCGUGGCCACCACUCCAUCUGAUGUAAAAGACGAUUAUCAGUUAGCACCUACUUUGAAAGAAUACUAUCAUAUUUUGGGGAUUGGGAUUAAGAAUCGAGUUCCUUUUAUCUGCACUAAAGAGCUACCUAAGUCUCAUAUCCUUGAUGAAUCCCUUCACCUAGAGAAGAAGGAGGUAGAGUUGAAUCUCAAGCUUAAAGGUGGAAUUCAUGGUUUUACAUCAAAGUUUUUGGUAGAUAAGGCCACUACUUUUGCUGACGCUGGAAGCUGGAUGAAUUUCAAUGCUAUUCUAGAUUUGCUUAUCUAUGAGAUUGUAUUGUUUCUGAAUAUUGAAGACUUUGUGGAUCUGACUGCUAUCCAUAUUUUUCUGACCAAGAAUCCUGUUCCUACUAUUCUUGCUGAUACUUACUACUCUAUCCAUGUAAGGACUCAAAAGAAGAAAGGAACCAUCAUAUGA